ACACACUUGAAUCUUAGAAUAAUUUUUUUUGUUAGCAUCAACAAUUAACGCAAUGGGUAUCCCUCACUUUCUUUGUAUACCAUUCCCAGUUCAAGGACAUGUGAACCCCCUCAUGCAAUUCUCUCAUGUUUUGGCCAAACGUGGUUGCAAAGUCACAUUUGUACACACAGAGUUCAGCCACAAACGAAGCAAUGGUGCAGGGCAAGAGAACAAUGAGAUAAAGGUGGCGACACUCCCUGAUGGGUUGGACCCUGAAGAUGAUAGAAGUGAUAUACCCAAAGUUCUUCUUUCAAUCAAAAGCACCUUGCCUUCUAUGCUUCCAAAGCUUAUUGAAGAUAUUGAUGCUUUGGAUGUUCAGAAUAAAAUCACUUGCAUAGUUGUUACUAUAAAUAUGGGUUGGGCUUUGGAAGUUGGCCACAAUUUGGGUAUCAAAGGGGCCCUGCUAUUUCCAGCCUCUGCUACUUCGUUGGUCUGUGCUGCCUCUAUCCCCAGGCUCAUUGAUGAUCAAAUUAUCGAUUCUGAAGGGCGUCCUACCAAAAAACAAGAGAUCCAACUCUCUCCAAAUAUGCCUAUGAUAGACACAGAAAAUUUUCCAUGGCGUGGCUUUAGUAAGUUCUUCUUUGAUCAUCUUGUGCAAGAGAUGCAAACUCUGGAGUUAGGAGAAUGGUGGCUUUCCAACACUACAUAUGAUCUUGAGCCAGCAGCAUUUUCCCUAUCACCAAAGUUCCUACCAAUUGGUCCUUUGAUGGAAAGUGACAAUAACAAAAGUUCAUUUUGGCAAGAAGACGCAACUUGCUUGGAAUGGUUAGAUCAACAACCACCUCAAUCAGUCAUAUAUGUGUCCUUUGGUAGUUUGGCAAUUGUAGAACCCAACCAAUUCAAAGAAUUAGCUCUUGCACUUGAUCACCUUAACAAGCCUUUUCUUUGGGUUGCACGUCGUAGCAAUCACAAUAAGGUAAACAAUGAAUACCCACAAGAUUUCCAUGGAAGUAAAGGUAAGAUUGUUGGGUGGGCACCACAAAAAAAGAUAUUGAAUCAUCCAGCCAUUGCUUGCUUCAUUAGUCAUUGUGGUUGGAAUUCUACCCUAGAAGGUAUAUGUAGUGGUGUACCUUUCUUGUGUUGGCCAUUUGCCACUGACCAAUAUGUUGAUAAGUCUUACAUUUGUGAUGUGUGGAAGAUUGGAUUGGGAUUAGAGAAGGAUAAGAAUGGAUUAGUAUCAAGGGAAGAGAUGAGGAAGAAGGUGGAGCAACUGCUAGGCGAUGAAGAUAUAAAAGCAAGGUCUUCGAAUUUGAAGGAAAUGACCAUGAACAACAUUGUAGAAGGUGGUCAAUCAUCAAAGAAUCUCAACAUGUUUAUCAGCUGGGCGAAGUAAUAAUGCUUUAAAUAAAAUUCUCUUCAGGAGUCGUUUUUUUU